AUGAGUGAUACCACGGCCGCCUGGGGAUUGCCAUGGGUCGAAAAGUACCGGCCAAAGUCUCUUGAAGAAGUUGUUGGAAAUAGCGAGACAAUUGCGCGGCUAAAAGUGAUUGGCUCGCAGGGCAAUAUGCCGAACUUGCUGAUCUCUGGGCCGCCCGGCAUUGGAAAGACCACGGCCAUCACGUGCCUUGCGUCGACGAUGUUGACGGUUGAUCAACUUCCAGAGGCAUUUCUUGAACUAAAUGCCUCGGACGAGCGCGGCAUCGAUGUGGUUCGGUUCAGCAUCAAGAUGUUUGCCACCAAAAAAGUGACGCUGCCCGCUGGUCGGCACAAAAUUGUGCUUUUGGACGAGGCAGACAGCAUGACAGCGGGGGCACAACAAGCGUUGCGGCGCAUUAUGGAACUGCACGCGGGAACAACCCGUUUCGCUUUACUUUGCAACCACUCUUCAAAAAUCAUCGAACCUAUCCAAAGCAGGUGCGCCAUACUUCGCUUCUUCCCGCCAUCUCCGGAGGAAAUAUGUUCCAGAUUGCUCGCAAUUUCCGCAAAAGAGUCCAUUCAAGUUUCCUCUGAUGGUUUGGAAGCGCUUGUUUCGAUUGCGGGCGAGUUUGGUGAUCUACGACAGGCAAUUCACUCACUACAGGCUGCAGCUGGAGCAGCAGCGGGCUCGAUUGUCAAUUCCGCGGUGCUCUCUCUAGUGGCCAACAAACCACAGCCAGCGGAGCUUGCCUCGCUUCUAACAAAGAUUCGCGAGGGGAAUCUCAAAACAUCCGUUGAAAAGAUAAACCAACUUCUCACACAAGGCUAUGCGCCAUUGGAUAUUGUUGGCGGUCUUUUCCGGAUCGGAAAAACAAGCUUCUCCUUUCCUCAACCACCUGUGACUGAUUCUGCUGGCGCCGAUCGAGCUUUGAGCAACGAGGGGCUUCAAAUCUCGAUGCUCAAGGAGCUUGGUCUUGCACAUAUGCGUACCAUUGAAGGACACACCUCCAAACUCCAGCUUGUUGCGCUUAUUUCGCGGCUCUGCGGCAUGGCAAGUCCGGAUCGUUUUCAGCGACCAUCGGUUUUGCUGGCCAAGUAA